AGUAUAGUAAUUUGAGUGGUGUGGUCGAUGCUUCUUUUUCCGGCAACCGGCGUCCAUUUUCGUUGUUGGAUUGUCUAAGAUUGGCGCGUUUGGUAUUUAUGAAAAGAUUAUUUAGAAAUAAGUGAAAUAUAUAUCUAUAAAUGGAAGGUGCACCAGCUAGUAGAGGUGGAUUCCGCGGUGGUCGUGGUGGUCCCGGUGGUCCUAUGAGAGGACGCGGAGGUUUCGGAGACAGGGGAAGGGGUGGACCUCCAAGAGGAGGAGGAGGAGGUAUGAUGAGAGGUGGUAGAGGUAGUGGACCUGGAGGUGGUAUGAGAGGUGGGCCACCUGGAAUGAGAGGCAGAGGUGGUCCUCCUGGUAGAGGUGGUCGUGGUGGUGGACAUUUUCCUCCUGGAGGACCACCAGAUCCAGGAAUGUCUAGUGGUCCAGGAGGUGGUGGACCACCAUUGCCAGGAAUGGGAGGUCCACCACGUGGUGGCAGUAGAGGAGGUGGAAGCAGUGGUUUUCGAGGUAGAGGAAGAGGUGAUUUUGGUAGAGGAGAUAAUCGUGGAGGUAAUAGUAAUUUUCGAGGUAGAGGAGGAAUGGAUAGAGGCAGCAGAGGAGGAUCUAGGGGAGGAUCUGGGAGAGGUGGUCCAGGAGGCAGAGGUUUUGGAGAUCGUGGAAGCAGAGGUAGUGGACGCGGUGGUGGUGGUCCAUCAAAAAGAGGUGGUGGACCUCCAGGUUCAAGUGGACCUUCAAAAAGACCAAGAUUUGAUCAGCCAUCUUCUCAACCUGCAAAUGGUUAUGCGACACAACCACCAAGUCAAGGCGGAUAUGGAGGAAGUACUAGCAAUGCCUAUGGUGGAGGACAGCAACAACCACAACAGCAACAGCCUGUAGGAUAUGGUGGCGGUUAUGGAUCACAAAAUUAUACUCAAUCAUCAUAUCAAAGUUAUGAAAGUUAUCAGCAACCUCCAGAUUAUGGUCAAACAGCUGGAUAUCCACCAUCAGCAGCUACUGAUAGUAGGUAUGGUGGAGCACCUACUGUACCAGCUACAGGAGCUUUCAGUGCUGGUGAUCCUUACAGUUAUGGCAAAGCACCACCAUCAGCCAAUUACCAGCAGGAGGCAGUGGUAGCAGUAGCAGGGGGUGGGGGUGCAGGUUAUGCCCCCAUUAACUCUUACGAUGACCGAUCUUCUAAUGCCACUUCUAUGACCAACAGGGGUGGUUACUCGACACAACUUUAUGAUUACUCGAGUCAAGAUGGUGUAUAUGGAAAACAAGAUUAUGGUGGCAGUGCUGGUUACCAAAACGCCCAGUCUCAGCGACGUUAUUAAAUUACACAUGCAACUAUUUAAUUCUAAAUAUUUAGAUAACAUUUCUUUUUUCCAAAUUUAAAAAAUAAAAGUAUAUCGUUCCUAGCGCGUGAAAAAGUUGGACAAAUAUUAUUUGUCGUGAACACUAAGUGUUUUAUAAUUAAUAAUUUAUUUGUCACUAUGACAAAUUUUUAUAUUCAAAUGAGAAAAGUGAGCUGAAAAAAAGAAUAAUGCUUUCUAAUGAAAUUUGUGAUUUUCUAUCUUUGUCGCGCGCAUGGAAGACGCGGUAAGACCAAACGAUUGUUUAAUUAUUAUAAAAAAUUAUAAAAAAAAAAGUAUAAAUGACAUGAACAUUUUAUACUUGACUUAGCAGUAUAGCAUUCUAUUCUUUUUGUCAUGUUUGGCUAACGAUAUUACUUUAGAAUUAAGUUGAGUUGAUGUACAGUUUAUCUUUUUUUUUCUGUAUCUUAAAAAGCAAUCUGCGAUUGUGAAACAUUAUUAAAUCGUAAUUAUCUUCAUUGUAAUUAUUAAGGACAAAGAUAUUUGUGCUAUUUGUAAAGUCAUUAAUCGGUUAAUCAUUGUGAACAUACACAUACAUAGCUCAAUGAUAUUAAAAAAUUUUAAAUAUAAAAAAAAUGAAUAUUUUAUAUUCUGUAUAAAAAAAAAAGAAAAAGCAAUUGUAUUUUGUGGUGUAUUUUGUUUUACAUUUAACCGAAUUGAAAAAAAGAAUCGUGUAUCAGAAUAUGAUGUCCUCCCUUAUUAUGCGUUUAAUAAUGCGAUAUUUUGAUUCUGAAAAUAUAUUAAUACAAAAAACAAACUUAUAAUAUAAUAGAUCAGUCUUACUGUUGCGACAUUUCAUUUCAUAUACUUAUAUAUGAAUCAAUUUAUAUAUAGUUUUAACAUGUAGAGCUCAAUUUUUGCGUGAAUUAUAUAUAAAAUGCUCUGCUUAGUGGUGACAAGAAAGUUUUUUGUUUUUGAGACAUCAAAUGAAAAAAUAUUAGAAAACUUAUCAAUAAUGUUAGGAAUUUAUUUUAAUUAUAAUUUAAAUACUAAUCGCAGAUUGAAAUGUCACAUCGGCAGAGACAAUCAAAAUUCAAUAUUAGCGAUUAAAAAAAUAGAUAUUUAUAUGAAAUCGAAAAGCGAUAUAUUAUAAAUUAUUCAAGGUUCAAUAUGCAUGAAUACGAAAAAAUGUUCCAAUCAAUUGUGUACGUUAAAGUACAUAAAAAUUAUAUAAGACAAAUAAUGUGGUCUUAUAUUCUGUUUAUUAUUAUAAGUUAUUAUGAAAUUGUCUAAAAACUGUAUUAAAAGUCAGCGUCGCAUGUCAUUGGUAUAGUGAUAGUGAAUCAAUUUAAUUGUUGUAAGUAUUAGAGUAAUAACAAGCGAAAUGAAAAGAAACUUUGAAAAAAAGAACCAUGAAAAAAACAGUAAUAUUUUUUUUAUAUUUAUUAUUUCCUCACCUUUAAUAUGAGAACUAUGGAUUGAAUUAAAAAAAAAUAUUUAGAAAGCAGGAAAACCAGCAACUGCCUUAAAAAACGAUAUUUAUAUUAAAAAAUAAUUCAAUUUAAAAGAAUACAGUGCAUUUUAUAACUAACGUAGGUAUAAAAUUUUUAUUAAAAAAAACAAUAAUCUUAUGGAGAACAAAUUUUUUGUAAUAUUCUAUAUGAAAAAGAGUAAGAAAAGAAUUCUUUUUUAUUCUAUUAUAUAUAUAUAAAAUGUUCAAAGAAUAUUUUAUGUCCAGAAUGAAGUACGAUAUUAUUGAUAUAUAUAUAUAUAUUGUGUAUAUAUAACAGCAUUCAUGGGUAAUUCUGGACAAUUCUAUAUAUAAAAAUUGACAAAAACUAAGUUUAUUUCACAGGCGUAACAACAACCUGAGAUACUUAGGGAACAGAAUGAAAGAAAGAGAGAGUACCUUCCCUCUGUUACCAGCAAGGAGAAUACCGAUUCACACAAAUAACUAACAAAUUUAUAUGAAUAAAUGACGACUGUAUCAUAAAUGUUAUUAAUGUCCAAUGGUAUCAGGUAUCACGUAAAUGAAGCCUAGAAAGUAUUGUUUUUUCUGUUAGAGUAUAUUAUGAUAUCUUUCAUUAAUUAGAAUGUCUUUAUUUAAUUUUUCUAAGCGAUUUAUACUAAAGAAAUAUUUGAUCUUUGUGAUGCAUCUUUUUUCAUUCAAGCAAUUCUUUUUUCAAUAUAAAUAAUCAGCAUCACUCAAU